GCUCUGGCGACUAGAUUCAUAGGUGUUGCCGAUAUAGCCUCUGUUCGAUUUUCUCUUCCGGCUCAACUGCUUGAGCCUACUCCAAAUCUUGAAUACUGGGGUUACUUAGAUAGACCCGAGACCUUCAUAAGCAUGGCAGAUUCAGAUGAUGAGCUUGGACGAAUGCUGGCUGUUCUACGUUUCUGGUUUACCAAAGACUUGAAAUACGUCAAAGGAAAGCCUUGCAAACCUUACAACUCCACGCUAGGAGAAUUCUUCCGAUGCAAUUGGGACGUAGAAGAUUCUGGACCACUAACGGCGGACCCGUUGAAAGAACGACCAAGUACAUCUUCGAACAGCGAUCCCAAAAGACAUGUUAAAGUUUCAUACCUUACUGAACAAACAUCGCACCAUCCGCCAGUGUCCGCUUUCUACGUGGACUGCCCUGAAAAGGGCAUCAUUGCCCGGGGAUUUGACCAACUUAGUGCAAAAUUCACUGGGACGAGCAUCAGAGUUGUCCCAGGUGCACAUAAUUUGGGGAUUUUUGUUACUUUACAAAGUCGCGACAAUGAACAAUAUCAACUUACACAUCCUGCUGCUCAUCUUGGCGGUUUCCUUCGAGGCAGCCUCAGUGUGACCGUGAGCGACAUUUGCUUUAUCACAUGCCCGAAGACGAAGAUUAAAGUCAUUCUUCAUUACCUUGAAGAGGGUUGGCUUGGCAGGAAUCAGCAUAGGGUCGACGGCGUCGUUUUCAGAUACGAUCCUGAAAAUGACACCAAGACCCGUAUCAAGGAUGUCCCAGAAAGUGAUAUACUUGCAAGACUAGACGGCUCGUGGCAUGGCCAAAUAUUCUACACCAUUGCCGGAUCCACAGAGAAACGAUUGUUGAUUGAUAUCUCACCACUGUGGCCGGCUCCCAAGAUUAUUCCUUCGACCGAGGAUCAAUUGCCGAACGAAAGUCGCAUGUUCUGGGCGGGUGUAACAGACGCGAUUGUCAACAAGGAGUACAGUAAGGCAACGCAGCUAAAGCAAGAACUUGAAGAGCGCCAGCGACAGAAAGCAGCCGACAGGAAAGCAAAGAAUGAAGAAUGGCAACCGCGAUUCUUCACCGGUGCCGUGACCCCAGUCGGCCGACCAGAGCUCACAAAAGACGGCGAGGAAGCCCUCCGCGGUUUGCAUGAAGGCAAAUACCACCUCGAGCCGAAUGCCGAAUUAGGUGCAUGA